AUGUUCAGAUCUGGGCGCGGGAGGAGGAGAUCUGGUGGCGCGGAAUCCAGAUCUGGGCGCGGAAUGAUCAGAUCUAGGCGCGGGAGGAGUAGAUCUGGUCGCAGGGACUCCGUGGGUGGGGCUAGAUCUGAGGAACGGGGAGGAAUAGAUGUGAGCUCGGGAGGAGUAGAUCUAAGCUCGGGAGGAGUAGAUGUGAGCUCGGGAGGAGUAGAUCUGAGCUCGGGAGGAGUAGAUCUGAGCUCGGGAGGAGUAGAUGUGAGCUCGGGAGGAGUAGAUCUGAGCUCGGGAGGAGUAGAUCUGAGCUCGGGAGGAGUAGAUGUGAGCUCGGGAGGAGUAGAUCUGAGCUCGGGGGGGAUAGAUCUGAGCUCGGGAGGAGUAGAUGUGAGCUUGGGAGGAGUAGAUCUGAGCUUGGGACGAGUAGAUGCCUCUCCUCAUCCCUGCCUCUCUCCUUGUCCCUGCCUCUCUCCUCAUCUCGCCCAUCUGAAAUUUCAGGAAUUCGUUGAGGAGGUGGAGGAGCUGGUGGAGUUAGAUGCGGUGAAGGGAGCGCUGGUGGGGACGGCGGGGCAGGACGGGCUGUCGGUGGAGCAGAGGAAGCGGCUGACCAUCGCAGUGGAGCUCGUAGCCAACCCGUCAAUCAUCUUCAUGGAUGAACCCACCUCAGGGCUGGAUGCGAGGGCAGCGGCCAUAGUGAUGAGGGCGGUGCGCAACACAGUCAACACGGGCCGCACAGUCGUGUGCACCAUCCACCAGCCGUCCAUCGACAUAUUUGAGGCCUUUGACGAGGUAACACACAUCUACAAUAUGCGCUUGUAUAAACGCCCACUAUGA